AGCUUUGCUAUAAACAAUAGGAAAGAAUUGAAUGACGAGGAGAAGCGCUCAAUUUUAGCUGAUUUUGAUGCAGGAAUGUUACCCCAUGAGAUCGAAGAAAAGUAUGGAAUCACCGAUAUUUUGCCGCAUUCUGCUUCCAUAUCUCGGACCAGCUGGUCUGAUUUAUUUGCCUUCAAAAAACGUCGUACUGUUUAUGUGAGUCUAAACAAGCAAAUGUGGGAUUAUUUUUGUCAGUGUCGUAAGCAAAAAAUCUGGCUUAAUGGUCGACAGUUAAAAGAGCAAGCUUUGAAAAUCGCUCAUGAAUUAGGUUUAUGUAACUUCAAAGCUUCUGAAGGUUGGUUAGAUUCUUUCAAAAGACGCCAUUGCAUUGAUCUCAAAGCUAUGACCGGAAAACCGGUUGUAUAUGAGACAGAUUUUGAAGAAGCAAUCUCCUUAGGUGGUGCUAUGAUUUUAUUUUUUUGUUAA